UCCCCUGGCACCAGCUCAGAUCCUUUAUAGUCCUCUAAUGAAAUUAGGAUCCCUCUAUUGAAGCCAAAUGCAGAACUUGGAAGGAGCUCCUCUUGUUUAGGGAAUGCAUUAUUGAAAUAGGUUGCUCUUGUCUCCUAAGUGGACUCUGUGCAUAUCUCAUAUUGUGUUUUCUUCUUAGUGCGCGGCUGCUAAAAUUGGAAUAGAGGCUGUAACAUAUUUUGUUUUCAUACAUGCGAGGGUUUGCUCUCCCUCUGCCUUUUCUUUUCCCUCCUCACUAAAAUAAUGUUAAUGGAUAAACCUUGCAACAUUUUACCUCUAAAUCGGAGCAUAGGUUUUAUCAUUAAGAUCAGUCCAAACCAUUCCUCUGCCAAACACUAAUGUGCCAGUGCCUUUUUAUUAAUUUAUUUUAGCCCAGAGAAAGAACCCAGAGAGUGCUGGAUCAUGAUACAUUAACAUAUUAAUUUAAAGCAUUAAUAAAUGGGUAUUUAGGUUGUUGGGUCUAAUGUAUUGAACUACAAGAAUCCUAACUGAUAUAUUACAUCCCGCUUAUCAGAGAGGAUUAUGGCUGCUGAAAUGGUUUUGAAUGAACAUUGAGGAUGCUGAUGACUGAAUCUUUUAAGCCAGGGGCUGUGAUCACCUGCAGUAUGAAUUACUGUGCUAAUUAUUUAGCUGAUCAAUCAACAGAAAAUGUCAUUGUGAUAAUCAGUAAGUCAUUUAUAGGUCUAGCAUGUACGAUUUAGCGACACCUGUCCGAGAGGUUGCAGAUUGCAACCAACUGCACACGCCUCGUGUCUCCCUUUCCUACAGUAGGAAUGUAAAACGCUUUCUCUGGAGGCGGUGUUUGGUUUGUCCAUUCUGGGCCACUGUAGAAACAAGGCAAUGCAGUAUGGCAAAAUCCAUGGAAGAUCCACUCCAUCUGUAUAUAGAAGAGGCUCAGUCGCAGAAAAAAACAAACACACUGCGGAUGGGUCAGUUAUCACUCAGGAGUCUGCUGUUUGUGCCGGAAAUGCCAAAUGACAGUGGCUCUUCAAACCUGCUUGUCACUGCCACAGUAAACAAGCCCUUCACACUUUGCAUCGUUGUACCUGCUGCACCGGCACACAUGAAGACGUCCAUACAAGUCAAUGUGCCCAGGACUUAACUCAAGCCAAAUGCGCCCUCUGACAUCAUAGUGCUACCAUGCACAUGUUCAGCAGCGCGAUGCCAAGGGACAGUACCUGUUUGACCUUAUCUGCCACCAUCUCAACCUGCUGGAGAAAGACUACUUUGGCAUUAGAUAUGUUGACCCAGACAAGCAGAGGCAUUGGUUGGAGUUUACAAAGUCAAUUGCCAAGCAAAUGAAAUCCCAGCCGCCAUUCACCAUGUGUUUGCGUGUCAAGUUUUAUCCACCUGACCCUGCCGCCCUGAAAGAGGAAAUCACCAGAUAUCUCGUCUUCCUGCAGGUAAAGAGGGAUCUCUACCACGGUCGCCUCCUGUGCAAGACUUCAGAUGCUGCUCUGUUGGCUGCCUACAUAUUACAAGCUGAAAUCGGCGACUACGACCCCGGGAAACACCCCGAGGGCUACAGCUCCAAGUUCCAGUUCUUCCCCAAGCACUCAGAGAAGCUGGAGCGGAGGAUCGCCGAUAUCCACAAGACUGAGCUAAUAGGUCAGAGUCCUGAAACGUCAGAGCUCAACUUCCUCCAGAAGGCUCAGAUGCUGGAGACGUACGGAGUGGACCCUCACCCGUGCAAGGAUGUGUCUGGCAACCCAGCUUUUCUGGCGUUUACUCCUUUUGGAUUCACUGUGCUGCAAGGGAACAGGAGGGUCCAUUUCCUCAAAUGGGACGAGGUGACCAAACUCAAGUUCGAAGCAAAGACAUUCCAUAUAUAUGCAAAUCAGAAGGAGGAUAAGAAGAUCAUACUGACAUACUUUGCACCUACACCUGAGGCCUGUAAGCAUCUGUGGAAGUGUGGAGUGGAGAAUCAGGCCUUCUACAAGUUGGAGAAGUCGAGUCAAGUCCGCACUGUGUCCAGUAGUAAUCUCUUCUUCAAGGGUAGUCGCUUUAGAUACAGUGGAAAAGUUGCAAAAGAGGUGAUGGAACAAAGUGCCAAAAUUAAGAGAGACCCCCCAGAGAUACACAGGGCUGGCAUGGUGCCAAGCAGGAGCUGUCCAUCCAUCACACACGGCCCUCGUUUGACCAGUGUGCCCAGGACCCGACGGAGAGCCGUGCACAUCUCCAUCAUGGAGGGUCUGGAGUCCCUUCGAGACAGUGCCCACUCCACGCCCGUGCGCUCCGUCUCCCACGGCGACUCCUUCAUGUCCUCCAGGGGCCACAUGGCAGACGGCAGCGAGGCGAGCACGUCGGCGGUCAUCUCCGACGAGGCCUACAGCCCCUCAGACAGCGUGCUGCCUACGCCCGUGGCCGAGCACGGGAUGGAGAUGCCUUUGGCCCGCCACCUCAACGGUGCUCCCUGCAGCAUCGAUGAGGAGAAGGAGUCGCAGGCGGGCGCUUCGAAGGAGGGGCAGUUGGCGGAUUACGCCUCUGGUAAAAGAGCGCUGCGUAUGGUCAGGAGCAGGCAGUCACCAGCGAGCGACGUGGAGGAGCUGAACAAGUUCGUCCUGAGCGUGUUACGUUUGUUCCUGGUCACCAUCGGACUGCUGUUCGCCCUGCUGCUGCUCCUCAUCAUGCUGACAGAGUCGGACCUGGACAUUGCCUUCCUGAGAGACAUCCGCAAGACGCCUGAAUUCCAGCAGUUCCACUUUGAAUACUUCUGCCCUCUGCGGCGCUGGUUCGCCUGUAAGUUACGGUGGAUGGGAGGUUUCCUCAUCAGCAAGUGAGGCUUAGUGAACAAUGGACCGAAAGACACAACACGGGCCUCCUUUGACGGAGAUGGGACACUCAACACAGACUGGUUGGCAGAGCGAGUGGGUGGAGAGACGAGGAAAAAGGAUGGCAGCCCUAUUCCCAAUAUCAGCUCAGCCUCUCCCAGUAAGGAGUUCCUGUCACAAGCCACGGACUGUCCCCUGAAGAGCCUAGUUUAUCAUGUUCGACCACCAUCAGGAAAGGAAGUCGCAUUUUACUUUGGAAAUUCAGGUCAUUUCAAGGUAUUUUAUUUUUUACACAAAGUCACAGUAGCGGGGUUUUAAUUUAAACACUGACAGGGACGAGCAAGUCCGACGGACUUCACCUAUUCAACCACAGAUAACAGUUGCCUUUAUUUUUGUAUUCAGUUAUAUGUUGCCACAUUACUGUCGAGACAGAAUGACCAGAUGUGCGCCGGGCUGUGCGUUGUGUGACCUGAGAAUUUGAGUCAAGUUUGGAGAGACGGUGGGAUGGGCUGGGCCAUUCUGAGCUCAUCUAAUUUUCAUAUUUCAAAGCCAACCACAAUAUUCAUUAUUCAAGAUUAUAUUAUGGUCGCUGCUAUGACAUUGAAAAGUGCUUUUUUUGCGUUGGACCAGUAUCUGGGGGUUAAAAGAGAAGGUGUAAAAUUGAAUACCGGGCAGCACUUACCGAAUGUAAUCAGUCCUGAGUCAAAUAAAAUAAGCAAAUAUAUGGAAUUUGCCAUGUGUAAUGAAACAAGUGAGGAUUAAAUGAUCACGGGAAAGUGUAGGAAAAUUAAUUAAGCAUAUGAUUGAGAAGUUCCCUGCUCGGUAUACAAGCUAACAUCUGGUGUACUGAAUUUGAAGGCAUGAUGUGCAGUAUCAACCUCUGGACCAGGUUUUGUUGUUGUCACCGUCUGUCUCUUCUGCUCUCGGUCUGUUAUGAAUGUAUAGAGAGCUGCAGGUCUGUGUGUUUGUAUGGCCGAAGGUCGGGCCGAGCUACUCACACACACACAGAGCAAAGAGGCAAACAGCAGACAGGACGUAGCUACACUCUGGCUGAGUUCACAGUAAAAAUCUGGAGGGUUGAGCGGCGGUGUGGGCAUUAUGCCUUUAAUCAAGCGCAGAGGAAUUGGCUGCUGCAGCUAUUUGACCCGGGAGUGAUGUUGAUGCUGCCCUGAAAGAUGGCUUGAAGGAUUAUUUUUGUAACAAGUGUAGUCAAAAACGUCCAUUAACGGUGUUAACGUCCAGCCAUGCGAGCACCACUUAAGUUGUGUCGUCCACUGACUAUAAAUUAAGGAUAAAUUGUAAGGACAUAAGUAAGUAAUGGAGGCGGCGGUAGAUUUACUGAUUUUAUAACAUAGCAGCCAAAUAAUGCUAAUAGCUACAAUCAACUUCUGUGUGUAGGGGAACAGCUGUCACGUUGCCGUAGUUACUUUUACAGUAGUUGUAAAGGCGAUGGGACUAUGUGAGCUAGCCUUUUAGAGAUAGUGAAGUGUUUGGUUAGCUCUCUGACACCCACACUCCGUAGAAGUGUAUCUUGAUGUGCAAUACUGUUAAUAUGAAAAAAAAAAAAAAAGAUCCUUUCCAUCAAGGGAAAUUUGACCUUGUUUUACCUUUGUAAAGUGCGAAAACUAGUGCUGUUUGCCCACAGCAUACGUUUAAAGAGGGCUUGUUUUUAGUUCAUGUUGAGUGACGGUCAUUUAACUUCGUUUUAAGCCCUGCCGUGUUCGAAAAUGGUUGCAUUCAUCUGUAAAGGCUGAAUAUGUUUAGAUCACGUUUUUGUACAAACUGAUGUCUCAUUAACACAAGGAGUUUUUUCCUCACAGUGGCUUUUAAAAAUGGACUUGAAACAUUUAUUUUUUACAGUGGAUGUAUAGUUCACAGCCUCCCGCUUACAAGAGCGCCUAAGAUAAGUCAUGUUUACGUCCUACUGCGAUCUUCAUUAUCACACCUACCAAAGAAACCUCUGUUGUCUGAUAUUUGUCAGUUUACGUCAACAGAUGGAAACUCUGAUAGUCUGCUGUCCUUCUCCGGCCUUAUUAUACAUGUACGUUAUUUCACAGUAAGUGCGUCUUUACAGCCCAGAGCAAUCAACAACAACAUUUAACACCCAUAAAGUCAGUGUGUGACAAUUAACUGUGGGUUGUUGAUCUGGUAGGAUUAUGAAGGUCCCCAUAGGCAGGUUGGAAGAUGUACUGUGUCAAUAUUAUAAUAUAGGAAAAAAAUGAGCAGGCCAAGUGUUAACACAAGAACAGUACUUUGAGUUGGGGCUGUGCGAUAUGACAAUAUAAUAUAUCCAUCGUUUCAUAUACAGCUUGCUCACACCCUUUACGCCAAUGUGAUUUGUCAUUUGGACGUCACUUUUGUGUUCUCUUCUUUGUGAUGCGGUCACAGAAAUUUGCAUGAGAGCAACACGAACAAACAUGGAUGGGGAGCGCGCAUGUCAGAAGAGAAUGGAGUAUUUCCAAACAAGAGGACUCACGUGGACAUGGUUUGGGUAGAAAUGGCCAGAAAGUUUGCACAAAGGGUUAUAAAUAGAAAAGGACACAAAUAAUUCAAUAUGAGUUAAGUACCUUUUAAUUUGACCACAUGGAAAGGCUUAUUUUUUUAUUGAGAUCACAGAAAUUGUUAGAUCUUGUUCGUAUCGCACAGCCUUACUUUGGGAAUCCCUUUAGUAUUAAACACCUAGGCUUUAAAUGUUGAUUUUAUUUUUGUAGAGUGUUAAUAUUUUCAAAAAUUCAGAAACCUGCAUAUUAUAUUUUGCGGUUGGGUUUUAAGACUUGAUAUGUUACUGAUGUUUUUGCUUUAACUCAGAUGGUUUUAGAUUGACAUGUUAGGUGAAAGGUGGAUUGUGUGUUUGAAAAAAAAAACAAUUGGCCAGUCGAGGCAGAAAAUCAACUUUUACUUCCAAUGAUUUGUACUUUAAAAGUCUCAUUUUAUGUUCACUGUACGACAAAUUUAACAUAAUUUGAGCAAUAAAUAUGACGGAUAAUGUGAUGAAUAUUAAUAACCAUAAACUCCAAACCGUUUUCUCUCUUUCUGCUGGACAUGCAAAAUGUCUUAAAUCCCCUCAGAUGGUAAAACAGCCUGUAGAUGCAUGUGUGAGGGGAACAUUGCCCACUGUUACCAACUACCCAGUGUCAAAAAUACUUCUUCAAAAUAUCUAACAUCAAAAAAAAAAUGUUUCCAUGUAAAUCCUGUUUGAUUGUUGCCUAAUCCUAGACUGCUCCUUCUUGACCCAAUUUAUAGAAAGAAUAAGUUUUCUUGUGCAAGUACAUGUAACGGAACACACCUGACAGUGGAUCUUAUUUAUUCACUUGACUCUGAACAGGUUUUACCACAAUGAAAGUGAAGCGGUUUGUACUUUUAAAGCCAAUUUUAACAGCAGAAGUAGCAUAUUCAACUACCUGAGUCUUUCUUUUUGCAAUGCAGUUCAAUAUAUAGAUUUCUUUUGUUUGUUUGUUUUGCUAAAAUCUGUUUCAGAUCACUUGAACUGUCAGUGGUAAAGAGAAUUGACGGCUCCAUUGGCACUUGGUCAUCUUGCUGAAUAAUGUAAGCAGGAAUAAGGCCUCACAUGGGGUCUUACUGUAAGCUUCCUUCCUGUACUAUGGAAAUGUCUCUGUAAGCAUGUGUUCUGCAUUUAUUACCUCCAAACAAGACUGCUUAUUUCCAAUCACUGAGGACUGGUGUAAUCUAUUUAUGAAUAAAUAUCAUCUAUUCUUGA